AUGACUACUGAGAGGACAGGAGAUAUCGAACUUCUUGUGGUUGACGAGGCGGCUCAGCUUAAAGAGUCUGAAUCAGUUGUUGCAUUGCAACUUUCUUGUUUGCGUCAUGCCAUUCUAAUAGGAGAUGAGUUUCAGUUACCUGCAAUGGUUCAUAGUGAUGAAUGCGAAAAGGCGAAAUUCGGAAGAAGUUUGUUUGAGAGAUUGGCUCUGCUUGGUCAUCACAAACACUUGCUUGAUGUGCAAUAUAGGAUGCAUCCUUCCAUUAGUUGGUUCCCUAAUCAAGAGAUUUAUGGAGGGAAGAUCAAAGAUGCUGAGAUUGUUCAAGAAAGCACUUAUCAAAAGAAGUUUCUUAGAGGAAAAAUGUUUGGUCCUUUCUCCUUCAUCAAUGUUGGCUGUGGAAAAGAAGAGUUUGGCGAUGGACAUAGUCCCAAGAACAUGGCUGAAGUUGCUGUCGUUUCUGAAAUCAUAUCUAAUCUUUUCAAAGUUUCAAGUAAAAAAGGGAUAAAGAUGAGCGUUGGAGUUAUUUCACCAUACAAAGGACAAGUAAGAGCAAUCCAAGAGAGAAUCGGAGAUAAGUACAGUUGCUUAUCAGACAAGCUAUUCACUUUGAAGGUUCGGUCUGUGGAUGGGUUUCAAGGAGGAGAAGAAGAUGUUAUCAUCAUCUCAACGGUUAGAAGUAACGGUAACGGUAAAGUUGGGUUUCUGAGUAACCGUCAAAGAACCAACGUGGCACUGACUCGCGCAAGAUACUGUUUGUGGGUGAUUGGAAAUGAGACAACUUUGGCUCUUAGUGGUUCGAUUUGGGCAAAACUCGUAAUGGACUCAAAGAGACGUAAAUGUUUCUUUGAUGCUAAAGAUAAUAAGAAACUGAGAGAUGCCAUGAAUGAUGCUCUACUCAAGGUUAUAACCAUGUCGACUCCGACUUCACACUCCCUCUCCGGACAAAAAUCUCCGCGGCAAUAUGCACUCGCAGAAGAAGAAAAUACAAAUAAGAAGAUGAAGAAAUCAGCGAUAAAGAACCGGAUCUGGACCGACGAAGAUGAGCUCGCUCUUUUAAAGCGUAAGAUCAGAAUCUUAAAAGAAAGAUUCCUCACUCGCAUGGAGAAAAUCAACCAAGGAAACGAUUCCAUCUUUAGUGACGCUGGAGAAGCAUUUCGAUAUUCCAACAUGAUUUGGAGCCAAAACGAUUCUCAAGUUGCUAAUGAUGAGAUCAAUAAUGUUUUGAUAACCAUGUCGACUCCGACUUCACACACUCUCUCCGGACAAGAAUCUCCGCGGCAACAUGCAGUAGUAGAAGAAGAAAAUACAAAGAAGAUGAAGAAAUCAGCUUCUUCGAGGAAGCGGAUCUGGACCGAGGAAGAUGAGCUCGCUCUUUUAAAGGGCUUUGUGGCUUAUCGAGCAACAGGAGACCUACCAAACCGUGAUUGGGAUACAUUUCGUCGUUCCCUCGGAGAUCCCAUCGCUGCAGAAUUCUCAAAUGAGCAGUUGCGGCGUAAGAUCAGACACUUGAAAGGGAGAUUCCUUAGUCGCAUGGAGAAAAUCAAUCAAGGAAACGAACCCAUUUUGGGUGACGCUGGAGAAGCUUUUGGAUAUUCCAACAUGAUUUGGGGCCAAAACGAUUCUCAAGUUGCUGAUGAUGAGAUCAACAAUGUGGAGGAGGAUGCAGGAGAUGAGGAAGUUGCUGCAAAUGUUGAACUUUUAAACGAGAAGAAUGUGGCAGUGGAAUCUGACUUUGAAGAUAGCAAUGCUACUGAUGCUGAUGAGCUAUGCGCUGUGCGGGAUGCAUUUGAGGCGUUGGUGAUGAUGUCCCCAGAUUUGUAUGAUGAUCAAAAGAGGAUGCAGCUCGAGAGGUUGAUGAAUCUUGGAGCAGGGGAAAGAAAAGAGUUGAGCGAUGGAUGGAAAGCUUUAUUGGAUGAGCAAGUGAAAUUUGAGAUGAUGAAGCUUAGUUUUUUCGUAAACCUUGGAGAGAAAGCAACUGGUAAAUGA